GAACCCCAUAGAAAUAUUUCCAAACGGUGCGAGCAGCAUCUCCGGCUGAGGAUGACACAAUAAACCUAUUAAGGAAAACAAGAGUAAAAACAGCCAAUCGCUGCUCUUCUAUUCGAUUGCGUAUUGAUUUGGGUUGGAGCGUCUUCUUUGGCCACCGGGCUGCUCUCAUCAAUCUUCCCGACGCUCGGCACCUGUGUAUGUGUGUGUGUGUAUGUGUGUGUGUGUGUGUGGGGGGGGGAUCUUCAGUACAUGGGAUCAUGGGAGUCAACGGAUCUUUGCAGUGACAGAUUUUCUUUGUCUCUAACUAGACUUCAGUGUCAGUGAAUGUAACCAGAUACGACGUGGGAUGAGAGAAGACAUUAAAAGACUGAUGAGAGUUUGAUGAAAAAGUGCAACUCGAUUGGAUGCGCGUCGCGUUGCUGGACUUCAUAUUCGAGGAAAGAAAAACCCUCCAACCAGCCGCUGUGACCUUUCAUGAUUUUUUACGAUGGGAAGAAAUGACUCCACUGCUUUCCCAAAAUAAAGGAAUAAUUCUCCAAUAACACCACCAGGGACCCGGAUCGAUCAACGAGGCUGAUUGAGGGGGGGGUCCACCAAGAGUCUCUAAACUGGAUCCUACUGCGGGUAUCGAUUAACGGAUUUGACUGAUCAUCUUCAGACACCCUCAAAGGGAGAACAUGCCGUUCCACCAUGUGACGGCAGGCCUGCUCUACAAGGGGAACUACCUGAGCCGCUCACUGUCAGACAGUGACAGCGACGUGCUGGCCAGCAUCUCUGUGGAGGAGCUUGAUGAGAUCCGGGAGGCGUUUAAGGUGCUGGAUCGUGACGGAAAUGGGUUCAUUUCCAAACAGGAGCUGGGUAUGGCCAUGCGCUCUCUGGGUUACAUGCCCAGCGAGGUGGAGCUGGCCAUCAUCAUGCAGAGACUAGACAUGGAUGGUGAUGGACAGGUUGAUUUCAACGAGUUCAUGACCAUCCUUGGACCCAAGCUCCUGUCGUCUGAAGUGAGAGAAGGCUUCCUGGGCAGCACAAUAGAUACCAUCUUCUGGCAGUUCGACAUGCAGAGGAUCACCCUGGAGGAGCUGAAACACAUCUUGUUCUACGCCUUCCGCGACCACCUGACCAUGAAGGACAUUGAGAACAUCAUCAUCAACGAGGAAGAGAGCCUGAAGGAAAAUUCUGGGAACUGUCAGACAGAGUUUGAGGGAGUUCACCCUUCGAAGAAGAACCGUCAGACAUGCGUGAGGAAGAGCCUCAUCUGCGCCUUUGCCAUGGCAUUCAUCAUCAGCGUCAUGCUCAUCGCAGCCAAUCAGAUGUUGAGGAACGGCAUGGAGUAGCUGCGCCCACUGUGAGCGGGGAACAAGCCAGCCUGCAUGUGCAUGCCAGUGGGUGAGGUCAUAUCCCUGUUGAUAAGAAAAGAACUACAAGGAAUGACAGUCAAAAUAAUCAUCGACAAAAUCCAUUUUUGAAAUUAUUCUUAGUUUUUUCGAACGAGUGGCACCUCUCCACCCAGCGUCCAAUGAAACCGUGAAGCCAGCAUGAGGAGUCAUGCAGGACUCCUCCCCCUUUACUCUGACAGGGACACUCAAGGGCUGACAUUACACAUAAUACUCUGUUGUGUCUGUUUCCCUGAUGCAAUAAAAAAAAGUAAAAGUAAAAAAAAAAUGCUGAGUGCAUGAGUUCAGAGCUGCUCGCUUUUCCAGCAGGCGAGAUGUGACGUGUGUGUCUACAGAUCUGUCACACACCAGGAGUCUGACGAGCUACCAGGGCUGCAGUCUGGGCCCCGAGAGGGAAUGAGAGGAAAGGAACAAUUGCCCUCUUAUUAUAGUUCCUGGAAGGAUGAUGGCAGAACUUGCCGCCACUCAAGUAGACAGAUCUGUACGUGUCAGGCUGCAGCUCCUGGAGCUCUCAUGGUGCUACGAUACUUCAGCUCUCCAACUUUCUAUUUUCAUCUACUGCGUCCGUGGGCUGGUAUGAAGUGCUGGCAUCAGUUCAUCAGCCCCAAAAACCAAGCAGUCAAGCGAGUAAAAUGUUGAAUGAUAACUCCAGGCUUGUAUUUUGGCCUUGUGAUAUUCAUGAAUGAAUAUAGAAGCUCUGAAAAAUUUGGCUUUGGAUCUUCUAUUUCUCCUGGACACUGUUGGGUGAACACUGUUCAGAGUGAAAAGAAGAGCUUUCUGUGUCCUAUUAAAGGAACAAAAUCCACCCUUUCAGUGCUCUCACACUGUAUAUAUAAUCUAUCUGUGGUGUUCAGUGCACUCCAAGUCCAGGAGUUAUAUUGCAAGGUGAUUUAAUUCAGCUUUUUGGUGUAUCUACUUUCUCUCAGUUUGCCUCGUCUAUUUCUGCCUCAGUUGGUGAUUUCCUACAUUUCCCAAAAUUUCUUUGGACAACCCCCAGAGAACAGGUGUGAACCCAUUGCAUUCAGCUGUGCGUUAAUGUGAAGGUGGAAAGAGCGAGGACACUGGUAAAAAAAACUAAAUUGAACCAUUUACUCUAAAUGUUGAAUGUCUUGUGGCUGUGAGUAAUUCUGCCUUCAACCUGUCUGUUGGCACCGUUGCUAAAUGAAGCUUUUGCUCUGCAUACUUGAGGGACUGACACCAAAACCAUAUAUACCACACAUAUCAUGGAUGUUCUAAAUACUUUUUCUGCUAUCAAACUCGGCACAUCUGCGUGACCAGUAUAUCACCACCAACUGAGGAUUUUUUUUUAACAGUGUUGAAGUGUUUUAGGGUGGAUUUUGUUUGUCCAACUCACCACAAAUCAACUCAGUGAAUUAAAACUUACUGCUGUGAAAAGUUGAAUCCCCUUCAGUUUCCUGCCCAAGUUGCUAAUAAUAACUUAAAGAUUUUGUUUGUGCUUUGUUUCCUUUUACAUUUUUUUUUUUAGGGUAUUAGUUUUUAUUAGUUUUAAAUCUGAAUGUUGAUAAAAUAAAAGGGUGUCCAAAACAAAGGCACAUUUGAUGUAUCUUCUAUUUGAUCAACUUUUAGUGGUUAGUCUUUUUAAUCAUAAAAAAUAAUCUUAACUGAUUCAUGUGUGACUCUCAUGGUUUAGCACGUUUUCUGCAUUUGAAUCCAUCCUGCAACCUAAAGCUUUUCCUGUUGUGUGAUAGAAAUGACUGUGCAGACCGCAGAUAAAGAAACAAUUUUAAAUAAUGUUGAAGAAUUCUUCUGUAAAAACUUGUGGGGUGUGUAACUUUUCUCACAGCACUAGAUCAUUCAAAGACACAUCUUGUCAUGUUGAUUCCUGCUGAAGUCGGCUCUGAACUCCUGCACUGACUCCCAUCUCAACAUGUAAACCCAGUCAGAAACACCCAUUAUCAAGUGCAUGCGAUCAAGUCAGUGUCUUCUGUAAAUACCGUAACCCAACGUCCAAAGUGUCUCAAGUGUCUGUUGAAGGUGUUUCUCUGUAUGUGCAUGACUGUCGGUGCUCUCUGCUCACUCGGGUACAGAGGUGCAGGGAGGGGGAUCAGCAGAUAGAGAGGCGGCUGCUUCAUCACAAACAUGUCAGACGCAGGCGGUGAAGGCCCUUUCUGCUUCCUCUCAACCCUCUUGCCAAAGCCAUAGAACUCCGCAGAGGUGAACCAGACAACACAAUAUAGACGUUUUCUCCCUGUUUCAACAUGAAAACACAAGAUCAAACGGGCCUUCUUUGGCAGAAAUAUGUCUAUCGUAUAGGAUUUGGUUUGUUUUCGUUAUUGUUUUUGCACUGUACCUGUCAUCCAUUCCAAUAAAAUGACAAGGAGGGCUUCAGGCAUGUGCAAGAGUGCCAUCUAGAGGUGAAGUAAGAUCAUAUUGUCUAUGCUGUUCUCCCAUCACAGUAUUUGUGUAUUUCUCUCUAAGCAUUAUGGGAAUGUGAUACCAGGCAUCCUAUUCACAAUGUCUUGUUGAUCUUAAAUGUUAAAAUAUGAGGAUUUUUAUGUAUAAUGUAUAGAUUGACUUUGAUCUACCAACACUGCAGGUAGAGCAGCACUUGUAUGUGAACACAUAUUUAAACAGUGUAUUUAUAGGAAUAGAUUUCUUGCCUAUGGCAGAAAAAGUCCUUUUGAACGUGUAAAAGGUUUAUUCGCAGAUGAUUUACCAAUCUUACAUUUUGCAGACUGAAUAAAGAGUACUUUGUGCAAAAACAGUCUACAAAACCUUUUAGAUCACACUGGUUUUGAUUUUAUUUUUCUCUGAAAAUGUCACACUGAUUAAAAACUGAUUUUGUUCUUGUUUUUUUAUCUGUCAAUCGUGCAGUAUUGGUGGAAAUCUCCCACCAAAUUCACAGCUAGACACUGCUGCCAUGUAGUGGUUAACUGGAAAAGUGUUUAACAUUUAUUUGUUCUUUGAGAAGAACUUUUACAUUUUAUUUUAAUUCGGUUUAUUUUUGGGGAAUGUGAGUUACAGUUACUGUGGUUAUAGUUUUGCUGUAAUCCAACUGCCCCUGCAGAAUGGUUGCAUGUGUCAAUCGUUGAAGUACAGUUUUAUUUCAGAGGGGAACCGCACAGUGUCUCUAUAGUAGCAUGGUGGUUGGAUCCCACACGUUUUUGUUAUGUAACUUUGUACAUAGCUAAUAAGGAAGCAUAUCUAUUAGACAAGCACACACUAUACAUACUUUGCAUGUGCAAUAUUUAAACAUGUAGACUAGAGGAAGACUUUCAGUUGUACUAUUUAUUAGAGGCAUAAUAAUUAUGUAAUUGUAAAUACAGAAAUCUGUACAAAAGUCAAAGGAUUAAGCAUUGAGGCAAUAAAACUGUGUUUUUUUAAA